AUGAGACUUUUGCUGAGGCUUGGGAGAGGUUCAAAGGCUACACAAGUCAGUGCCCACAUCAUGGAUUCAACAAUGAGUCUGCUCUCUACUCUUUAUAGAGGAUGCUUGGCAAGCUUGUGGAAAACAUUGCAAACUCCAAUGGAAGCUAUGGAGAAGAGUAUGAUCGCACCAACCGGAGCUCGACCCACCACUCGAUCGAGUCAUGAGAAAUUGAGAAAAGAUGUCAAAUCGUUGAAUGAGAAGUUGGAUAAGCUUAUCUUAGCUCAGUCCACAAUGAAGAAGUCAAUUUUGUGUCUGCUGAAGAGAUGGAACCAGUCCAAGAAGGGGAGGAUACACAAUUUGCUGAAGUGUUACAUGAGCAAUGGGCAAGGAGGUUACAACAAAGGAUACUAUAAUUACAAGUCCAACCCAGCCAUGUCAUACAGAAACACUGAUGUUGCUAACCCUCAGGACCAGGUCUACCCUCAACAACAGCAAGCUCGAUCGAGUCAAGCCCCACAACAUGGGUAUGGUCCUAAAGAACAAUUACCAAGGCCCCAAGGGACUUUUCCUGGGCAAGCUGAUGGUGUUGUGGACACAAGCAAGAAGCUAGCUGAAAUCAACUCCAAGAUUGAGAAUCUCAACACAAGAGUGUACUCUCUGGAGAAUCAUGCUUCUUCUGUUGCUGCUGCUACAAAGCAAGGACAACUACCUGGUAAAGCAUUCAGAACCCCAAGGAACAGUGCAAGGUCAUCUUCACUCAAGAAGGCUCCUGGAGUCCAGAUUGAUCAACCUGAAGUGCAAGCACCUACUGUAGCCUUUCACACUUCACCAGUUGAGCUCGCACAACAAGCUCGAUCGGCAGCUCGAUCGAGUCGAACUCUAGCUCGAUCGAGAAAGGUUUCUGAGCUUCUGGAGAUGUCUACUCACCAAAUCAACCUGCUUACCUCACCCACUUUCUUACCAAAGGUGAAGGAUCAAGGGAAGUUCACUCUCCCUUGCACACUUGGGCAUAUUGAGCUUGACAAUGCCUUGGUGGAUUCUGGUGCAAGCAUCAACCUCAUCUCACUCACAAUGGCAGAAAAGAUUGGCAUUGCUGGAGCAUUGCAGCGCCCUACUACUUCAAUCAUGUUUGGAGAUGCUACUUCAAAGUCUCCUAUUUUGUGUUCAAGAACUAUCACUUGA